UUGACUUUCUUCCCCCCUUUCUGACCCUCAAUGCCAAAUUAUUUUUUACCACCCAGAAAAUCGACUUUAAAAAUUUUUCCUUUUCCGGAAGACCCAAUCUAUCAUUUCUCUUUUUAUCCUUUUUUGUUGAUCUCCUGGGUAGACUUAUAAUUGCUAUUAUUGAUUUUAGCCUUGUUGGCGUGUCCACUCAAUGCAUCCCUAUUAUUUUUACUAAAUACUGUGCAUGCAUUUUUCUUUUAUUUUUAUGAAAAGGGUUUCAUCAAAAUUAAUGUUUUUGGGUGAAAAUGUAGUGAAAAAAUAAUUUCGUUUUUGGGCUUUUUUGCUGUUUUUUAAUUUUGAAAUUUUUUAGUAGGGUUCGACACCGGAAAAGAGACUAGGAUUUUCCGGGUCGGUAGCUCGGAACCGGGUGUUCCGAUAAAAUCCUGGGUAGAGUUCGAGAUUUUUUAAAAGCCCGGAUCUGUUCCUGUACUCUGGGUUUGAUUUCUUGACCUUGACUGGAUCCUGGGCCUGUAGUCCAGGAAAAACCAGGCCUAGGAAAAACCCAGGAAGGUCAAAAAAUGCCUGGACCUGGACUCUGUGUACAGGAAAAACCCAGGCCUUGGUCCAGGUCCAGCUCGAUCUAUAAUCCUGGGGUUCGGGAUUUUAGCCCGUAAAACUCGGCCCGAGUAAGUUUGAAUAGAGAACCCCAUAUGUCGGGUCCUGCAAGUCGAAAAUGUCGAACCCUAAUUUUUAAGUUUUAAUAAAAAAAUUUUUCCUUUUCUAGUUUUACUAUUUAAUUUAUCUAACAAAAGAUCUCAAAAAAUGCGUGAAAUCGUCCAUAUCCAGGCUGGACAAUGUGGUAACCAGAUUGGUUCCAAGUUCUGGGAAGUUAUUUCGGAUGAACAUGGAAUUCAACCUGAUGGAUCAUACAAGGGAGAAUCCGACUUGCAAUUGGAGCGAAUCAAUGUUUACUACAAUGAGGCACAUGGUGGAAAGUAUGUCCCAAGAGCUGUUCUUGUUGAUUUGGAGCCUGGAACGAUGGACUCGAUUAGAGCUGGACCAUAUGGAGAACUCUUCCGUCCAGACAACUUUGUCUUUGGCCAGAGCGGUGCAGGAAACAAUUGGGCCAAAGGACAUUACACUGAGGGAGCUGAGUUGGUCGACAAUGUUUUGGAUGUUGUUCGAAAAGAGGCUGAGGGUUGUGAUUGUCUUCAAGGCUUUCAAUUGACUCACUCGCUUGGUGGUGGAACUGGUUCUGGAAUGGGAACUUUGCUCAUUUCAAAGAUUCGUGAGGAGUAUCCGGACCGAAUUAUGUCCUCCUUCUCUGUUGUUCCGUCACCCAAGGUCUCUGACACGGUUGUGGAGCCCUACAACGCAACUCUUUCUGUUCAUCAACUUGUUGAGAACACUGACGAGACUUACUGCAUCGACAAUGAGGCUCUGUACGAUAUCUGCUUCCGUACUCUGAAGCUCCAAAAUCCAACUUAUGGAGAUUUGAAUCAUCUCGUAUCCGUAACCAUGUCUGGAGUAACUACAUGUCUUCGCUUCCCAGGCCAAUUGAACGCCGAUCUUCGCAAGUUGGCUGUCAACAUGGUACCAUUCCCACGUCUCCACUUCUUCAUGCCUGGUUUCGCUCCACUUUCGGCUAAGGGCGCAGCUGCCUACCAGGCCCAAAAUGUUGCUGAACUUACCAAGCAAAUGUUCGAUGCCAAGAAUAUGAUGGCUGCUUGUGAUCCUCGCCAUGGACGUUAUUUGACUGUUGCUGCCAUCUUCCGUGGACGCAUGUCAAUGCGUGAAGUGGACGAUCAAAUGAUGUCAGUUCAAAACAAGAAUUCGUCAUACUUUGUUGAAUGGAUUCCAAACAACGUUAAGACUGCGGUUUGUGACAUUCCUCCACGUGGUCUCAAGAUGUCUGCUACCUUCAUUGGCAACUCCACGGCCAUUCAGGAACUGUUCAAACGCAUCUCUGAGCAAUUCACGGCCAUGUUCCGUCGCAAAGCCUUCCUUCACUGGUACACUGGCGAGGGUAUGGAUGAGAUGGAAUUCACUGAAGCCGAGUCCAACAUGAACGACCUGAUUUCUGAGUACCAGCAAUAUCAAGAUGCGACUGUUGAAGACGAAGGGGAAUUUGAAGGGGAAGAUACCAAUCAAGCAACUGUUGAACAAGAAUAA